AUGAAGAAGUGCUGUAGGUGCAAAGCGACCGCUCUGGCUAUUGCCACUCCUAUGCGAAUUGAUGAGAGAACCGUCGAGAUGUAUCGGCGACAUUACGAGGAAUCGAGGUCCAGCCACCAACCAGAACACAACGACGACAUGGUAGAAACAGGACUAAGGGGAGCUCUGAGCGGAGUCAAUGAGUUGGUUAGUUUCUUGGAGUCGGCAUCAUCAGCUGAUAGAUCUGCGUUUUCGAAGAGAGCGAAUGUGAUUCUCGAGUGCAGGACAUGCGCAACUUUGUUCCGUAAAGCUGAUGGUUUCAUGAGACACGUAAUGCGUUGUGACAGCAGUCGUGCUGCUGACAUUGAUUCCGAAGCAGACCGACGUUCUCAACUCACCACCUCCGCCACAGUCGCUAAUGCACCUAAAGUAACGCGUGUGGUGCCUCUGAAAAAACCUUUGACCAAUGGAAUUGUGCCUGCACCAAUUAAUGUUGAAUCAACGGAUAGCCAGGAGCAGAAGAAAAUUACUGUUGUCAGGAGAGUUGGUAGACCACCUAAUUCUGAAAAGGCAAAUUUAACCAAGCUUCCUGUGAAGAACGAACUAACUGAACCUAUUUCAACACCACCAGUUGUGGCUGCUGCAGGGGACGGCGAGUCCAAGUUUUCUCCUGCUCUGCAGCGAGCUCAGAAAAGGCCUUAUAUCAAAUCAUCGAAAACAACAACUCCACAAAAAGUACUCAAAGUUGAGAAUAUUGUGGAGAACUCAAAGAGUGCAUUCAUUGAAUCGUCCAAGUCAGUGACAUCUGAUGAUGUCGAUCUCAGCGGGGAAGUUCGCCCUUCACGAGUGCGUAAAACGCCAAAAUGGUUGGAGGACAACACCUUCUCUUAUUGA